CCCGCGCCCGCGCCCGCGCCCGCGCCGAGCCCCGCCACCGGCCGUGCGCCCUCUGGCUCCCCGGGAGCCCGGACCGGCCGGAGCCCGAGAGGUGGCAGCGCGGGGACCCUCACGCGCCGGAGGGAGCGGCCCGGACGGGACGGGACUCGAGGCGGCGCCGCGUUCACAGCAGCCAGUGGCUGGAGUCGGCGCCGCGGCCUCCCGGCCCCUGCUGCCCAGGCCAGCUCCCGAGAGCCGGGAGUCCGGGAACCCCACCCUCUGGGGCGCCCGGGGAGCGGAGGCGGGGGCGGGGACGCGAGCAGCCUCGCUCCCAGCUGGGGGGGAAGAUCCUUACCACUCGGCUGUCGGAGACGAGCCUCUCCUUGCUAGAGGCGAGGAAAACCCCCAUCCUGGCCUGGGGAUAGACCUCCAGAAGUAGCCGGGCGAUCCUCGCUGACGGAGGCAGGCGCAGAGAGCGCCCCGGCGCGCCUCCACCCCUCCAGGCGCGCUCGCAGCAGUUCAGGACUUUUGAGGCAGAGAAAGGAGCUAUGCCCGUGUGGUAGGCAGCCUCCAUCCUAUCCAGGACUCACAGGGCAGAGGCGUCCUCACGUUCCGAAGCAGAGGACACUCCGGGGAAGGAAGAGCGAUCGGCUGCCAGCCUCUCAGGAGAGGGGAAGAACUGCCCCCUCAACUUCCUCGUGCCUAGACGGUGGAACAGGGCAGAGCCCCUGCGCGCCCAUCUCCGGCAGCCAGACAGAGCCCUCCACUCCCGAAAGAGCCAGUUUGGGGGGGAGGGGGACUCCCCCAAGGGGGAGGAGACAACUCCUGGCUGGGAGAGGCUCCUCCCCUCCUCUCCAGGGCAGCAGGCAGGGUGUGGGGGGUGUGCCAGCUUCCCCAGGUAGGCCCUCCUUCUCCUCCCCCACCUUCCCCCCCUCCGCCUCCCUGCGCUCCUCAUCUUCAGGGCACCGAGUUCUCCUCCCCAGCUUGGGAGGCUCAGCCCAGGACUGGAAGAGCCACCGAGGAUGACACUGUUCCUUCGCCUUUGAAGAGGGGCGUCCCUCCACCCCCAAACUUCAGUACCAGGUGGCUCCCUCCCUUUGCUGGGGGCACCUUGGCGACAGAUGAAGAGACUACAGCAUCAAGAGGUUAAUACACUUGCCUGAGGUUGCACAGCCAGGAAGUAGUGGAGCCAGGAUUGACACCCUGACUGGUAACUGGUAAUGUGAACCCAGAAGUACCAUGGCUUCUGACCUAGAGAGUAGCCUCACCUCCAUAGACUGGCUCCCCCAGCUGACCCUCCGGGCUACCAUUGAGAAGCUUGGGAGUGCGGCCCAGGCUGGGCCUCCAGGUGGCAGCCGCAAGUGUCCGCCAGGCUCACCUACAGAUCCUAAUGCCACCCUGAGCAAAGAUGAGGCAGCAGUCCACCAGGAUGGCAAACCACGAUACAGCUAUGCCACCCUCAUCACCUAUGCCAUCAACUCCUCCCCAGCCAAGAAGAUGACUCUCAGUGAGAUCUACCGCUGGAUCUGUGAUAACUUCCCCUAUUACAAGAAUGCUGGCAUCGGUUGGAAGAAUUCAAUUCGGCACAACCUUUCUCUCAACAAGUGUUUCCGGAAGGUGCCCAGACCUCGGGAUGACCCCGGGAAGGGGUCUUACUGGACGAUUGACACCUGUCCUGACAUCUCCCGAAAGAGAAGACACCCCCCAGAUGAUGAUCUAUCCCAAGACUCACCAGAACAGGAGGCAAGCAAGAGCCCACGGGGAGGUGUUCCAGGGAGUGGGGAAGCCUCGCUCCCCCCUGAGGGGAAUCCUCAGAUGGCACUUCAGAGCCCUGCAUCUAUCACCGGCUACAGCCAGGGCACAGGAUCUGUGGAUGGUGGAGCAGUAGCAGCAGGGGCUCCAGGCCGGGAAAGUGCUGAGGGUCCCCCUCCCCUGUAUAAUACCAACCAUGACUUCAAAUUCUCCUACUCAGAGAUCAAUUUUCAGGAUCUAAGCUGGUCCUUCCGUAACCUCUACAAAUCCAUGCUGGAGAAGUCAUCUUCCUCCUCUCAGCAUGGCUUCUCGUCUCUCCUGGGGGACAUGCCACCCUCUAACAACUACUACAUGUACCAGCAGCAGCCACCGCCUCAACAGCAGCCGCCCCAGCCGCCCCAGCCGCCCCCACAGCCUGUGCAGCCGCAGCCACAGACACCAGCCCAGGGCCCCUCAACUGUAGGGGGUGCCCCUCCACUGCACGCCCCAAGCCCAGAUGGCUGUACCCCCCAAGGGGGGAAGCAAGCCGGUGCAGAAGGCUACGGGCCUCCCCCGGUGAUGGCCAUGCACCCCCCCCAACUGCAGCACGCAGGCUAUCACCAUCCCCAUCAGCACCAUCCCCACCCCCACCCUGCCCAGCAGCCGCCGCAGCAGCAGGCACAAGGCCAGCCUCCUCUCAACAGUGCUGGCUUCGCCUUUCCUUCUGACUGGUGCUCAAAUAUCGACUCCUUAAAGGAAAGCUUCAAGAUGGUAAAUCGGCUCAACUGGUCCAGCAUUGAGCAGUCACAGUUCUCAGACCUGAUGGAGAGUCUGCGACAGGCAGAGCAGAAGAACUGGAGCCUCGACCAGCAUCAUAUUGCCAAUCUGUGCGACUCCCUCAACCACUUCCUUACACAGACUGGUCAUGUGCCCCCCCAGGGGGCCCCCCACCGGCCACCAGCCCCUGCCCGUAUUCCUGACUCCUGUGCCCUCACCAGUGGCAAGCAAGAGCCAGCCAUGAACCAAGUGAACUCUUAUGUGCACCCACAAGCCCCCCAUCUCUACCCUGGCCCAUCACCAAUGUACCCAAUUCCCACCCAGGACUCAGCAGGGUACAAUCGCCCAGCACACCACAUGGUCCCUCGGCCACCAGUUCCCCCUCCUGGUGCCAGUGAGGAGAUCCCUGAUGACUUCGACUGGGACUUGAUCACUUAGUGCGUCAUCGAGUGUGGCUGUGAGCCCAGGGCUGGGCGUUGAAGUCUGGCGAUGGGGAAGGGCAGCCCCAGCCCAUCCCUCCCCUAUUCCUCUGUACAUAGAUAAACAUCCUCUUUCUUUCUUGCUCUGUCAGAGAAGCCGCUGCAAGAUGCUGCCGAAGAUAACCCCCUUUCCUGCCUCAUUCUUCCUCUUCCUCCUUUUUCCCCACUUCUUUUAUUAUUAUUCUUAUUAUAUUAUUAUUAUUAUUAUAUUAUUGGGUAUAUGCUAUCCCCAGUCUCCUAUCCCUACACCAUGGACUGUGUCCACCCCUUGGCUAAUUUAAAAUCAUUUGGCUGGAAGGUGAGGCCUUGGUAGCUAUGGAGAAAGGUUCGAACUCCAAUUACUUUUCUCUUAGAGAAAUUCAAUGCUAAUCCCACCGUUCAGGCCUAAAUUGUUUUCUGUUCCUGUCAGUUCAGCCCAGGACUGGAGAGGCCACAUUAUCAAGUAAAAGUGAUCCUAAAACACUGCUUGGCAGCCAUAAAUUUGCAGGUUUUACUCAAUGGUGCUAAUUUUGUUCUCUGAGUUCUUCCUCACCCCUUUAUAUCUUCAGUCCUUACUCCUGCCAAUCCUCAUUCCCCAUUAAGUGUCAGAGUGAUGGUGGUGGUACAGGAGGGCGACAGUAUAAUCCUAGUGGAGUAAGAGCCUGGGUUGGGUCAUGUAGAACACUGUAGAGGGGUGAUGAAAUGUAACGGAGUCAGAAAUGGGGUAUAUGCUACUGUCAAAUAAACUUCCGUUGGCCUAUUCCUAGCCCAUUCUCUGUAGGAGAUAGAGUUGGUCUCAGCCAGGACUCUGCUUCUGUGGUGGGGAUGAAGACAACUAUUUAGCAUAGGCUCAGCUUUUAGGAGAUGGUUUCAAUGUAACCACAUUGGCUUUUAAACAAAAUUUUCUCUGGAAAUUAAGUGUGGCUAGUAAUUACACUUGUAAAUUAUCCCUCCAUCCCCAGUUCUCCUGUGUGAGUAUUAUUUUGUCCUCCUUUAGUUGUUUGCUCAUUCUGUCCACCCAUCUUAUUUUGUUUCCCCAUUUUCUGGGAUUCUCAAAAGAAAAGUAACCCAUUAUCACUCUUAAUUUCAUCAUGUCCUAGGACAUGAUGGAAUCUCUUUCCCACCAGUCAUAGUAGAACCAAACCUAUAGUACUGGUGGCAGGAGGGCGGGGAAACGAAAAGGAAGCUGGUGUGGACACGAGUAGGGAAUAUUCCAGUUAUUUAAUUACGCAGGCAGAUGCUUCUCUUGGAAUCCAGAUAAUUGGGCUGAAGCUUUUGGAAUUAGGCUUUUUUGGGGUGAAGGAAGUUAAUAGAGGACAUUGAAUAAUCUAGAUGGAAGAGUUCAGUAAAGGCUGAGGGAGACAACAUAUCUCUUUGAACAAGGAGUGGUCAUGAUUUAUUACUGCAAAGGACUAGUGUAUAUUUAAUGUUAACUGUUGAAUUUUAGUUAUGGGAGGGAAGAUCAAUUUUACUUCUGUUUUUAUUUCACUGAAUGUUCACUUUCCAAAGCUACAGGAACAAAAUAUAUGGAAUGGGCAGGACCCCUCUCUCUGUGACUUCUGCUUUUUGUUCAGAUUCUUUUAUUUACUGAUGAUUUCCAAGAGGUCUAGCUUUCCACUCUCCUGCUUUUUCCCCUCACCCACUCCUUCCUCCCCUUGGUAAGGGGGUUAUAUAUGAAAGUCUGUUGAAGUCCGAUGAGACUGAAGUAAAGGAGCAGGAAAGGGCUGUUAACUAAAGAGCACUUUAUUUCUUUGAAGUUCUUUGUAAGAAAUGGGAAUAGGCAUAGCUUGAAUCCCCCAUGUAUUGGGGGGCAGUCAGUGAGGCUGAAGGAUGACAUAAUAUUCCCCACUGGGGAGAGGAGAAUUUCUCAUAGAGGGAGCAAAAUGCCCUUGCCCACUGUCCAUUCUUUUCCUUCUUUCUGGUCCAGGUGCCUCCUACACACAACUUCCCAGCUUUCCCCCUAAGAUUCCCCCUUGACAGAUUAUGAUUCCUCUUUUUUGAACCCCUUAUCUACUCAGGUCCAUCCAGGAUUUGUGAGGGUAGACGAAAUCAUCCAUGUGAAUGUCCCUUGUUUAUAAUUCGUCUGUGUCUUCUGAAAACUAGUCUCCUUAAGGACUCUGGUGGACAGCCAGGGUAACUGAAGUUUGGGGCUAGGGCUGGAGAUUGGCCGUCAGGCCUCCUGGGAUUUUAGCUCUCCUCCACUAAACUCAGCCUUGCGAAAUGGCACAGGACCAACCUGGCCCUCUUUGGGUCUCAGUUUCCCCUCCCUUCCAUAAAAUGGAAAAUACUUUUUCUUGUUGGUCCUGCAUUGCUGGACUUGAAGUAUAGUCGUCUUCGUAUUGGGUGAUGUGUGCAACACUGCAGAAGCUCACUGCCUAAAGAGGAAGUAAGGGAGAAAGUGGAGGAAAGGGACAGAAGGAGCAAUUACUUGGUAUAGAUCCACCCAUCCCUGCCUUCCUCUCUUCAACCCCCAUGUUUCUGGUUUGCUGAGUCCUUAAUACCACCCAUAAUGCUUUGCAUUGGUGCAGGCUGGGAAAUGGGUGUAUGGUCUCACAAGUUGUUUUUUGCAUGCUUUCUUAAUAAAAAAAAAAUGUUUAUGAUUUUA